AUGGCAUCCAACCAGUCCGACGGGCCAAACACGAUAACUCUUACGGCUAAGAGGCGAGGUCGUCCCGUAGUGGCCGUGGCGUGCCCCGCUGCCACGGCUAGAACCUCAGAGUCACCGACCUCGAUUGAAACUACAGCGUUUCUCUCCACGGUAGUCCCCUCUACGGAGAUAACAACAACUGUGGAAACUACACCGGCUCAAAGCACGGUAAGAACAACACCGACACCAACAACUGUGAAAACUACACUUGCUCAAACUUCGACAGAAAGCACGCUGGUCCCUAGCACAGAAGAAACAACAAAUAUUCCAUCAACAGUGCUAGAAACUACGCCAUCACAAUCCACCGUAUUAACUACUCAGCCUACAACAACGGUGACAACUACAGCUUCUAAAUCAACAGAAAGAACUACAUCUCCUACAACCACUGAGUCAACUGCACGCGCUUUCACAUCAACAGAAAAUACUCUCACCCCUACCACAGAAGAAACUACAAGCUUUCCAUCAACAGUGCUAGAAACUACAGAGUCCCAAUCCACAGAAGUAACUACUCCGCCUACAACCGAAGUGACAACUACAGCUACAGAAAGAACUACAGCGGCUACAACCACUGUAAAGACUACACUCGCUCAAACAUCAGAAGCAAGUACACUAACAGGAACUACAGAAGAAUACACAGAGCCCUCAACAACGAUACAACCGACACAGUCUUCGACUACAGAAGAAACCACAGAGAUUCCAUCAACAGUAAUAGAAACUACCGAGGUCCGAUCCACAGUAGUAACAACUCAGCCCACAACCACGGUGACAACUACAGCUUCUAAAUCAUCAGAAAGAACUACAGAAGCCGCAACCACUGUUAGAACUACACGUGCUAGAACAUCGGAAGGAAGUACAGAAACUAUAGCUACAGAAGAAUAUACACAGCCCACAACAACGGUAAAACCAACAUCAGUCUACAACCACCGAGGAGCCCACAAAAAUAGACACUACGCUGUCUACAGUCAGAGCAAAAACUACUCAUCCUCUAACAACAGUAGACACUACGCAGUCUACAACCAGAGCAGGAACUACUCAUCCUCUAACAACAGUAGGCACUACGCAGUCUACAACCAACCCAGAAACUACUCAUCCCCUAACAACGAUAGACACUACGCUGUCUACAACCAAAGCAGAAACUACUCAUCCUCUAACAACGGUAGACACUACACAGUCUACAUCCAGAACAGAAACUACACAUCCUUUAACAACAUUAGACACUACGCAGUCUACCACCAGAGCAGAAACUACUGGUCCUCUAACAACGGUAGACACUACACUGUCUACAACCAAAGCAGAAACUACUAA